CUCAUCAGACAUCCACCCACGCUCGACCUUUAUAAACUUCGCGCCUGCGGCCGUGACCCUAUUGACUCGACGCACCGUCAUGUCGGCCGCUCGGACGUCCAAAUCUACGCUCCUGCUGCUGUGCGUUAUCCUGGUGACGCGCCUGCCUUCUCCUCACGCAUAUAAAUUUUGUGGCAGGGCCCUCGCCGACAUCCUCUCCUUGAUCUGCCAGAAUAGGGGUGGACUCUAUUCUCCCGAUUCAGAUGCGGAGAUGAAAAAGAACGAGAUCUUUUAUGAAUUGGGAUAUUACAAAUCGAAACGGCGCGGAAUAGUGGACGAAUGUUGCAAGAAAUCUUGCACGUUUGAAACUCUUGCCAGCUAUUGCGCUCUGCCUUUUCAAGUCGACAAACCCUCCGAACCUCUCUACAACGGACUGGUGCGUGAAGCUUUGCUACAACUUAGAAAAAACAGGAAAUUAUUGGAGACUUUCAAAACAGUUCCAAGGACCUUCAAGAAGACCUUUCAACCUACAGAAAAGCCGGAAGUACGCCGAAAAAAUCUUGGAUUCUUCACUAGAAACAAACCUUUCAUCUACGUUCCUCGGAAGUAAAGUGAAGCUGUUCACGUGCCACGGUUUUACAUCCGGUUCCUUGUUUUACUUAAUAUUUUUAAACGAAUGUUAAAAAGUGUUUCAUGGGAGUCAGACAGCCGACGGAUCCAUUCCUGUCGAGCCCUGUCCAAAAAUUUGUUAACGGAUCGUAAUUUCCGUCUUUAGUUCUUAGUAUAUCUCGUUAUUUAUUGCUCCUUCAGAUAUAUAUUUAUAUAUAUUGUCAUCCAGUUUAUCUAGCCCCCGGGCUUGUGCACCGCACUCUCCCUCAUUUUGUACAGUACGUUAUUAAAGAUUUAGAAAA